AUGGAAAUAACAACGGCAAAAAUUAUCGCCUGCUUGGCGUUGGGCUUAGGAUCCUUCUUCACAGGCAUGAUACCAGCUGGAAUAUCGGAAAGUACAAGACAAAGACAUCCUUUGACCAUAUCUUGUUUACUCUGCUUUGGCGCCGGCGUUCUUCUAGCGACAUCUCUAGUGCACAUGCUACCAGAAGCAAGGGAGGAUCUUCCGCAGUUUUCAGAAAUUCUUCUUUGUGUUGGAUUCUUCAUGGUUUACUGUGUAGAUGAAAUAGUGCAUAUUUUCUAUGGGAACGGAGACAGGCCUGGACACCAAAGACAGAGUUAUGGGACUGAGCAGACAAGUUUGCUGCGGCAUCAUGACGAUUUGAGAGGGGCUGAUGGAGAGAUGGACGCUAGGAGGUGUUGUGGUGACACGGAGAAUCCGAGGAUGUGUCAUGUCAGUCACACUGAACCCUGCAAUAAGACUUCUUCUGGAUUUAUUGGGCUGUUGUGCGCGUUGUUCGUGCAUAGUUUGCUAGAAGGACUCGCAAUAGGAUUGCAAAAAAGUUCAGCACAGGUGCUACUACUUCUCGGCGCAGUGGCCUCCCACAAGUUCGUGGUUGGGUUCUGUCUGGGCGCCGAGCUGUGCGCGGCUGGCCGCGCACUGUGGGCACACGUGGCAUGGGUGGCACUAUUUGCCGGUGGUUCUGUGGCCGGCAUUGCCCUUGGUGCGGGGCUUGAGGCGGUACAGAGUAUUCAGAACUCUGUAGCUGUUCCCAUUAUGCAGGCAUUAGCGGCUGGCACUCUUCUCUACGUGACAGUCAGCGAAGUGUUGCCUCGUGAACGAGCUCGUUUCCACGAGCAGAAGCGGUGGAGCGGGAUGGCGCAGUUGGCAGCUGUACUGGCCGGCUUCGCGGGCAUGUAUCUCAGCACGAGAUACCUGGACCAUGACUGAGCUUAGUGGAUCUAAGUUAAAUUAAGACUUAGACUCACAGUGUUUUAAUUACAUAAUAAUGUAGAUCUCUGUGUAUUUGUAAGUUAAAAAUAACUUAGUUAAAGUAGGAUUACAAUGACACAUUUCUU